UUCGCUCGGCCUCAGCGAAGGUCUCAUCACCCCGACGUCCGGGGCUCGGUCGCCUCCCACCGCACGCCCGGCCUAGGCCGCAGUCCCGGGCCCGCGUCGCACCGCCCCCUAUGGGCCCCGACUGAGGCGCCGCCGCCGGCUGCGGAGCCCCGAUGCUGGCUCGGAGGAAGCCGGUGCUACCGGCGCUCACCAUCAAUCCUGCCAUCGCCGAGGGCCCGUCCCCCACCAGCGAGGGCGCCUCCGAGGCGAACCUGGUGGACCUGCAGAAGAAGCUAGAGGAGCUAGACCUGGAUGAGCAGCAGAGGAAGCGUCUGGAGGCCUUCCUUACCCAGAAGGCCAAGGUUGGGGAACUCAAGGAUGAUGACUUUGAGCGGAUCUCAGAGCUGGGAGCUGGCAAUGGUGGUGUGGUCACUAAGGCCCAGCACAGGCCGUCAGGCCUCAUCAUGGCCAGAAAGCUGAUCCAUCUGGAGAUCAAACCAGCCGUACGCAACCAGAUCAUCCGGGAGCUACAGGUGCUGCAUGAAUGCAACUCGCCCUACAUUGUGGGCUUCUACGGAGCCUUCUACAGUGAUGGCGAGAUCAGCAUCUGCAUGGAGCACAUGGAUGGUGGCUCACUGGACCAGGUACUGAAGGAGGCCAAGCGGAUCCCUGAGGACAUCUUGGGGAAGGUCAGCAUUGCGGUGCUCCGAGGCCUGGCAUACCUCCGUGAGAAGCACCAGAUCAUGCACAGAGAUGUGAAGCCCUCCAACAUCCUUGUGAACUCUCGUGGUGAGAUCAAGCUGUGUGACUUCGGGGUGAGCGGCCAACUGAUUGACUCCAUGGCUAAUUCGUUUGUUGGAACACGCUCCUACAUGUCUCCAGAGCGGCUACAGGGCACGCAUUACUCUGUGCAGUCAGACAUCUGGAGCAUGGGACUGUCACUGGUGGAGCUGGCCAUCGGGAGGUACCCCAUCCCCCCACCUGAUGCCAAGGAACUAGAGGCCAGCUUUGGGCGGCCUGUAGUCGAUGGCGCAGACGGAGAGCCCCAUAGUGUCUCGCCGCGGCCCAGGCCGCCUGGACGCCCCAUCAGCGGUCAUGGGAUGGACAGCCGACCUGCCAUGGCCAUCUUUGAACUGCUGGACUACAUCGUAAAUGAGCCACCUCCCAAGCUGCCCAGUGGUGUAUUCAGCUCGGACUUCCAGGAGUUUGUGAAUAAAUGCCUCAUUAAAAACCCAGCAGAGCGAGCAGAUCUGAAGAUGCUGAUGAACCACGCCUUCAUCAAGCGCUCCGAGGGGGAGGAGGUGGACUUCGCAGGCUGGCUGUGCCGAAUCCUGCGGCUGAAGCAGCCCAGCACACCCACGCGCACUGCAGUCUGACAACCUUCGCCCAAAAGCCUCUAUGUCCUUGUCCCUGCUGGCACAGUGGCCGCCUCUGGGAAUGGUGAAGCUAUGUGUUGUGGCAGGGGACCUGCUUCCAUGCGUUUGACAAACCAAACAAAAUGGAGAAAGAGAAAGCUG